CAUCGCACAUCUGUCAGAUUUUUAAGGCCGUGACGCACUGAAAGCGGAGAGUCAAUGUGAGCGAGUAAGGGGGAGGAGGAGGAGAAGCAGAAAGAGUUGGUGCGGAGAUCGAUGAAGUGGCAGGCAGAGGGAACGAGGAGGAGGAGGAAGAAAAUCUCACGAGAUAAUGAAAGAAAGAGCGGAGAGCUGCUAGUGUAAGAGCAAAACCCCGAGCUACUGUAGAUACUGCGAAACACAAGGACCAACACGAACAGGACUAAGAGAUAACGGAUCUUUUUCCAGUAACGUAUUGGUUUGGGCUUUUUGUGCGCUCGCGCUGGGUACGGUGAAUGUAUCACCCCGGGGCGCAGCGCGGACCAAUUGUGUGAAUCUGCAGGGCUGCUCCGCGACACAAUCGGAGAGAUGCACAGGACGGACAACAGCCGAGGACGCGCUCUGAGAAGGGGAGAAUAAAGGCACAAAAGCGAGGCUUCUGCCGAGGAGCACUGAGCUGAGCACCAAAGACACAAUAAAACAGCACACGCACAAGUAAAGAGGACAAAAACAUCGCACCUGCCCUACUGAACCUGUUUACUCGGAGUUUGGAGGAGUUUGAAGACAGUACUUAACGUUAUCAGAUAAUUAAUUAGACACCCCAUAAGCCCGGAAAUCAAUUAAUUCACCAAUCAAUAAAUCCAUAGUCUGGUGUAACAAGAGAGCUUCCAGACUGUUAGCGUGGCGGCUCGACAACAAUAACAAGACAAGAGGGCACCAAUUUGAAGAAUCUGUUUUCGGAGCACCAUGGAUGCGAUAGGGGAGAUGUCGCUGCACAGCCACCCAGAGCUGGCGCACAGUCAGGACGGCCGAUCCAUGCUGCACUCCCGCGAUCUCUCUGCCGCGUUCCCCAGGCCUUCCCUCGGGGGUCCUACCAUGUCCCUGGAGCCCGACCCCCGUCCCCCAACCUUUGACCACUCCAUGUCAGCCCUGGGUUACAGCGGAGAUUCCCCUUCCAGUGCGGGCACCACCUACACCACUCUGACGCCCUUGCAGCCAUUUGAUGAUAAGUUCCACCAUCAUCACCACCACCCAUGCCUGCCUGUGAGCAACGUUAUCGGCAGCUUUACUCUCAUGAGGGAAGACAGGGGACUGGGAGGCAACUUCUACAACCCUUAUGGCAAGGAUCUGGCAAUGUCCCAAAGUCUGUCACCCCCUUCUGCAACCACCUCCAUGCAUGGGUAUGGGGCCCUUGGCAACACGUCCAACACCAACCAAAUGAUUCAUGGCGGGUAUGAUGUCCACGGAGGAAACAUCUUUUGCCGGACAUCCGAUUUCGCCCGAGAGAUGUCGCCCCCGGGCCUUGGAGAUGCCUCUCAUCAGCUCAACAAAAUGGAUGCCCACCAGCACCCUGCCAGUCACCACCACCCACACCUUUACAGCCAGCACUACCAGCCGCACCACCACCCCAGCAGCCAGCAGACCACCGCCAAGAUGGAGCAUCCGGCGUCCUCCCCGGGUGAGGGCAUGCUCUCCGGGUCGCAGGGUGGCGCAGGUGCCAAUGGAGGUGGCGGUGAAGAGAUCAACACCAGAGACGUGGCACAGAGGAUCAUCACGGAGCUGAAGAGGUACAGCAUCCCGCAGGCUAUCUUCGCUGAGAGGGUUCUGUGCCGGUCACAGGGCACUCUGUCUGACCUCUUGAGGAACCCAAAGCCCUGGGGCAAGCUCAAGUCUGGCCGCGAGACCUUCAAGAGGAUGUCCCGCUGGCUGCAGGAGCCCGAGUUUCAAAGGAUGGCCUCACUCCGGCUGGAGGCGUGCAAGAGGAAGGAGCAGGAGCAGAGCAAGAUGGAGCGUAACCAGGGCCCCAAGCGAACCCGGCUGGUGUUCACAGAUUUGCAGAGGCGCACGCUCAUGGCUAUCUUCAGGGAGAACCACCGUCCAACCAAAGAGCUGCAGGUCACCAUCUCCCAGCAGCUUGGCCUGGAGUUGUCCACAGUCAGCAACUUCUUCAUGAACGCCCGCCGACGCAAUCUCAACAAGUGGGCAGAUGAGGGGCGCCCAUCAUCCACGGGGUCCUCGGGGUCCAGCGUUUCCUCCUCCGCUGUGUCCUGCAGUACGGCGUGAAGAUGCUCCAACCACAGGAAGGGGCAAGGGGGCACAUAGACUGGUCUAAGGCAGAGAUCAGCCGUAAUAAAUGUCCUCCUCGUUAUUUGUAGGAGUGACGGAGCCAGCUAUUUAGAUGAUUUUAUGAUGUAUUGUUGAAGCAUUUUUUUCCAAACCAAAGUUGAUCACUCUCUUGAAAUGAAAGGGAGCGGUAUCCUAUAGUGAUAUGAAUGCAGGAUGUGAGAUCCUGCCUGUAUAGUUAAAGGGUGCCAAGAUGAUUUGGCUCCUGGAGGAGUCACACCCUUACAUAGACACCAUCUCAUUGCAUUAUUUUGUAGAAUAGAGAUAAUGAGGGUAUCGCAAAUCAGGAGGAAGCAUAUUUUGGUGUACCUUCAAAUCUAUAGUCAUCUCUCCAAAUGUGAAGAAUCAAGGGGGGCUGGAGAGUACCAUUGUGUAACUUCUUUAAUCAGAAGUGUUCACCAUCAUCCAAAGACACUAAUCCUCCCCAAUAUUAUCCUGAUUUUUUUCAAAUCAAAGUAAAGGGAAAGGCAUUUUUUAUUCUACAAUUUUUUCUGAAUUUCUUAGCAUGUGUUGUCGUGAUGAUGUUUCCCUGGACUGUACCUCAGUGUGAAGCCUGGAGUAUCACAGGGCUUCUUCAAUGUCCCUGCUGUCAAUCAUUCACCAUCAACUGGUUCCUUUCUUGAAUUAAUCAGAGUUUUCAAGAAGGAACCCCAUUGGUCAUACCAUUUUGCCAGGACUGAAUAAGUGAUUGCAAGGAGAAAGUGCCGGAAAGAGAAAAAAUUGUGCAACUGGUGCAAAACACUGAAGAUACUGAAGGAGCUUCCAUGCAAAAAAAGCUCACAGCCAUUUUUGUCUCACAUUUAAGCCAAAAAAUAAGAAAAUAUUUCGCCAAAAAUUCCAGAGGAAAACAGUACAUCGGACACAAUGUAUAGUGAUGUUGUAGUAUUUUUUUCACUUGCAUUUCCAACUAUGGCUAAACAUCUGCUCCAUAGCAAAGGUUUUUUUUACAGAAAAUAUGAGGAGGAAUGUGAUUCUUUCUGCUCGUUUUGUACAGAUUUCAAGCACAUCACUAUUUAUAGAUCCCGUUGGAAGUGCAAGGCGGUCGUUUUAGCCUUGGCAACGCCAUUUGUUUUUCCUUUCCAUGAAGGCUUUAACAUGCCUCUUUAUAAUAGCCAAGUGAAGAAAGAACGUUUCAAAUGCAAUUGCUGAUAUGAUCAAUGUAUUUAUUAACGCAUUAGGGUAUUUAUUUUUGUUUAUUUCCUUGCUAUUUAUUUAGUUAUUUAUUUAUGCUAUCUAUAUACUGUAAGUAUUUAUUUAAUGAUGCUCUGUAUGUCUGUGUGAAAACUGAAAACUUUUUUCUGAUGGGCACUUUUAGCUGUAGAAUCCCAUCGUAAUACCAAAGAUAAACAUUGCCUCCCUGAAUGUACGGCCUAAAUCCCCAAACCCUGUACCCAGUCCUUCCCCACUCACUCAGUGAAGUUACGUGUCUGUCUGGAAGGCCAGGCUCUUUUUCUUUUACAACUAUUGAAAUUUCGUUCUUGCAACUCUCUCUGAUGACACAAGGCCAAAGCUUAUUUGAAUGUUGUGCUAAUGAGUAAUAGUAGAAAUAAUUACAGUAAUAAUGAUGACAAUGAUGAUGUGAUCUUGCAGACAUCACAGGUUGCUAGUAAAGUGUUGUUCAGACCAGUGCCAUCUGGCAGAGUGUGUGGAGCAUCUGGGGACGCACUAACAGCUCUGUCUGAAGGCCUUGAAGUCCAUCCAGGUCGCCUAUAGCAGCGUACCAUGUGUCUGUCCAGGGACAUGUGCGGCUGUGACCCUCCUCCAUUUGCCCACCUGACUGAAACCCACCCACUGGUCCCCAGUGCAGUCCUGACUCUGGCUCUGUCCCCUGUGUGUCCAGCUCAGUGUAAUACCCAUGUCCUCCACAUGCCAGAACCUUUUGCCAGUUGUCUCAGUUCCCAAACUGUUUGGGGGUUUAGUAAUAAUCAUCUGGGUUUUAAAGAGGCCUUUAGGAGCUUAGAGGUCUCGGUGAGGUUUACUUCUGAGGAUUGGAGGAAGGAUUCGUGCAUUGUCUGAGGUGGGCUGGAUUGCCUUUUGAUUAGAGUUUAAGAUUACUGUUGUGCUUUUUGCUCCAAUUCUUACUUAUCCAGAAAAUCCUCCUAAAUUUGAGAUAUUAUUUUCAGUCUUUUAGGCUCAGUAGAUCUAUGUUUGGCCAAUUUAGAGUACUGAAAGUUUCCAAGGUGCUAAAACGUCCUGUGAUUUACAGGGAUGUCAGUUAAGACUCUUUGACCUCUUUGUUACUGAAGUAAUUGUCUUUAUGUACCACUUAAGACCUGAUCUAUGCAAGUUUACUUGCAAACAUCUCCUGAUUUUUUUUCUUGUUUCAGACAAUAUUUUGUAAAAUAUUUUCUGGUCAAAUUGCCCAAAAGCCUGUACUUUGCCCCCUGCCAGUGCUGCCAAAGAGUGUCCUGUUCUCCACCCUUCCACUCCUCUUCUGCUUUCUUCUGUCUCUCCUGUCUUUAGCGUUGGAAGAGGCGCGCGUAGCCAGGGCCCCUUCACAGUGUGCACUUGAAAGACAGACCGUCAUGAAAGAGGCCAUCGACUUUUUCACCGACUUCAAAGGGGAGUGUUUUUUCAUCCUGUCUCCUCUCCGGGUAUCUGGUCUGGGGUCCGCUCUUGGCGAGACCUGUGGGCUUUAGGGGGCAUUCAGAAGGGCGGGGGUAGAUCAGAGAGGAGGCUGAAUCAUCCAGAAUGAGGAGAGUGGCAGGAGAGUGGGGAGGGAGGAGGCUUUAUUGGAGGAACAGGAGGUGUCGGGGUAGUGAGGCAUAGAGCGGAAUUAAACUUUAAUGAGCAACAAUUGUAAGCACGCUGAGAGUGGAGGGGAGCAGUGGUAGGGAUGUGCACCAGAGUCUGUUCUGGGGGGAGAAAAAUUAAAAAUAAAAGAGGCUGGAGGCUCCUCUGCCAACCCCUGCUUGCUUCUGUCGUUGUAUCAAAGGAGAGGUGACACCUUUCAGGUUUGCCUUUGUCUCGCAGACUCUGGGAAUAAAAUGGAGACAGGGCUGUUUGUAGUGAGCCACCUUCUGCUCUGUGUCAAACACUGGAGCGCUUCUUACAGAGGGGAGAGGAAGGCACAAACACGGGGUCCAGUUGGGUGCAGCAGGUGCACCACAUUAACAUUUUAGCCUGCGGCUCCCUCUAGUGGCUUUCAGAGAAACUGUAAGGCCAAAAGCAGAGACUGUUGAAGGAGAAGAGUUCAGGCCUUGGACUAACAGUUCAGACAGAAGACAUGUUCAAAGAUUGUUUGGAGAUGUUCAUCUCUGUGGGAGGAUUCAACAUUGGCUUAAAGUACCUACUUCUUCAUUGUGUGAUAAUUACUGUCGCUGAACUGUUUUCAGGACGAUGCAUUAUCACCUAUUUCUAAAUGAUCAGGAACCAUUGUGUUUGCCCUAAAUAAUUAGUUUACACGUCAGGAGGGGAAGGGAGACUUGAUCCCAAAGAGCUGGCCACUUUGAACCAAACAAACGAAUGCAAGUCUGAACUGGGUGGGAUUAUAACUAAAUAGCAGGAGAUAAUGUAUACUUAUGUUUUAGACUAAAAAGACAAAAAAGUAUUUUUUGAUAAACCAAAAAGAACAACCAAAGAUUGAUGGGUAACUGCUGGGUCUGUUUCUUGGGUAGUUUGAGCAGUUCCCUGUCAGAGCGAGCGUAGCACUCAGAGGACUCAGACGAGCAUAGGAGGAUUUCCCUGUGCUUGGGAUUCAUGUUACAUAAGACAGUAUUAUGUUGAGCUGGAACUGAGAAACUGACAUGAGGCAGCGUCUUCAGAUGGAAGUCUUUUGACUGUGAUCUCCAUUUCCCUGCAUCUGUCCCCCAUCCUCACCCUCUGUGUACAUGAAGACUUUACCCAUCUACCUCAACUGUGUGCGAUGUUGUGUGGCAAAGAUUUUUCUUAACCAAAGAAUCCAUCCUGUCAGGAUGUCUGUCUGUCUAUCCUCUCUUUCUUGUCCGUUCAUCCGUCUUUUCUUCAUGCCUUUUACUCCAAACCAAAUGUGCUGGAAUCAAUCUGUUACAGGAACCGAGUCGGCUCCAGUCCAGCCAAAGUCCAGUAUGAUAGUGUUCCAUUGAUUCAUGUUCUGUAUAUAAAGAAAUCAUUCUCAAGACCAAAAAGAAGGAGGUGACAAUCUAAGCAAGGAGGUUCUUGCUGUAAUCAACGUUGCCUAUUCCUUGUUUUUGUUUUUGUUUUUUUCCAAAAUCAUGACUUGCUGUAUAAGAAAAGCCCAAAAAUUCUCAUUCAAAAGUUCAGAGGAGACAAAAGCUAUUUUUCCACAUUUGUAAACCACCCUUCCAUCUUUUCUUUCCAAAAUGUUUAGUGUAGUUGAAAUCCUGUUUGAUCCCACUGUUGUAAGUAGGAAUUAUUGAAAUUCAUAAUAAAAGCUUUAACUGGGAAUGAGCUGAGGGAAAUAUUAUAUUAGACUGAGUCUGACUUUCCUCAGCUCAGACCCGACCCACCAUGCUUUAUUGUGCCAUUCUUGUUCAUGUGUUAGACUUACUAAUGAAUGUGGCUAACCAAACCAAAGGCUUUAAAAAAGAAACACAACACUUUAAACGUCAAUCAUGGUGGGACAUUUUGUAUCAACAACUAAAGAAAAUCCCUUUGAAUACCUCAUGUGAAAAUUGUUUGUUGUGAUGUUGCACUAAAAAAAUAAAAACGACUCAUUUGUAACCCAA